AUGUCAGCACUGAAGAGUUUUGAGUACAAUUCUGAUGACGAUGGGGAGUUGCCCCCGCUUGUUACCGGUUCGGAGGCAAAUCUCAUUGAGAUUUUUAGCAAGUACAGCAAGAGCAACAACGGUAAGCUGGUCACGGAUGAGAAGAUAGAUAGGGUUAAUAAACAGAACGCUAUCGUAGCAGCCUCAGUUCCACAGAAGAGGAUCCCUGUGACGAUUAUCACCGGGUACCUUGGGUCAGGUAAGUCCACACUUUUGGAAAAGAUAGCACUGAAGGGGAGUGACAGGAAGAUUGCUGUGAUCCUGAAUGAGUUUGGCGACUCGAGUGAAAUUGAGAAGGCAAUGACGAUAAAGAACGGGUCUGCAAGCUACCAGGAAUGGCUGGAUUUGGGGAACGGUUGUCUGUGUUGCUCACUUAAAAACGUCGGUGUCAAAGCUAUAGAGGAUAUGAUUGCCAGAUCGCCAGGGGCCAUCGAUUAUAUCCUUUUGGAGACUUCAGGGAUUGCUGACCCUGCCCCCAUUGCCAAGAUGUUUUGGCAGGACGAGGGAUUGAACAGUAGUGUGUAUAUUGAUGGAGUCAUCACCGUGCUGGAUGCGGAGCACAUUCUCAAAUGUCUCGAUGAUGUAUCACCGGAUACGCAUUGGCAUGGCGAGAAGGUUAUCAGGGAAGACAACUUAACGAUAGCACAUUUCCAACUCGCCAUGGGGGAUAUAAUCGUGCUGAAUAAGUUUGACAAAGUAGAGGGCAACCAUUGUGCGAUUGAAGAGUUACAAAAUCGUAUUAGACAAGUCAACGAAGUGGCGCCGAUAUACUGCGCGAAGUACGGCGAUGUAGAGUUGGACAAACUAAUGGAUAUACAUGCCUACGAGGGUACUUUUUCUGUAUCUGAAAAACUGGGCGCAACGGAGCGCCCGACGCUACACGAUCCAAGGAUGAUGACCGUGACGUUGGACUUCCCACGACUCAGAGACGCAGUGCAGUACAAAGCUCUUUUCACAGAGUUCUUACAAGUGUUGUUGUGGAAGGAUUUUGGAGUCACGUCAAACCGAACGGCGGCCGAUAGAAGUGAAAUACAGAGAACCAAGGGCAUAAUCUCAUACAGGGACGCUGCUUCUGGUGAAACGGUGACCAAAGUGGUUCAAGGUGUGCGAGACACGUACGAUGUGUUCCCAGCGAGGUCCCCACGGGAGGAACACUUUGGAUGUAAGCUGGUCUUCAUCGGUAAGCACUUGGAUAAAACCCAUUUUGAGAGUUUACUCGAUGAGGUACUCUCGAAGUAG